AUGUCUGACGCGCACGCUCCUUUGACCUGGGAGACCUCCACCCAUACACAACCUCAGCUAGCCACGUCUCUACCGUCCGAAGUCGUCAACUGUCUCGAGAAUGCCCGCUACCUCCAUCUGGCAACCUGCACAGAGCUGCAACCUCAUGUCGCCCUCAUGAACUACACCUACCUCGCCUCACAUCCCUUUGCCGACUCGCAGUCGCAGAUGCCUGCUGGUCCUGUGAUCAUCAUGACCUCGAAUCCAGCCUCGCGCAAGACCGUCAACCUCACCGCGAAUCCCAAUGUCUCGCUACUCGUCCACGACUGGGUAUCGCAUAGGCCUGCUACCAACAACAGAAACUCGUCACCUGAAGGCCGCAGGGCUCCCGGCCGUAGUUCGCUGGCUUCGUUGCUCAUGGGCAUGAACACAACACAGAUGGGUUCCAUCAGUGCCACCAUCAACGGCAACGCUGUUGUCCUACCUGUAGGAUCAGAAGAGGAAAAGUGGUGCAAGCUACAGCAUUUGGAGAACAACACGUUUGAGAGGGAGGAGACACCACAGAACGUCUUGAGCCAGUCAACGAGCAAUGCCGAAGACGAGGAAGCCAGCAGACAGUCCUUCCUCAAGGACGAGGAUAUAAGAGUCGUCGUUGUCAGGAUAAGAGAGGGCAGAAUUGCUGACUGGAAGGGCGGUGUCAAGGACUGGGUUCUUGCUCCUGCCGACGGUGCAGGUCACCUCGUCAAUGGUGUAUGA